AUGGCGGAAGUUAUUGGUGUGGUUUCGGGCGCCAUCACGUUCGCAACUGUUGUCGCCCAAGUCACUGAGUCUAUAAUCACGACCAAAGAUUGCUGGUGCCAGUUUCGUGAUGCACCCACUGACCUCAAAUACCUGAUGCGGGAUCUUGAAUUGUUUGGACUCAUUCUAGCCGAAAUCCAGGAAGAUCAAUCGCAAGACGCAUUCGCAUUCGCCCUAAAGGGCAAUAGACACGCUGUGCAAAGUCUGGAAUUUGGCAGCGAAGCCGCCGCGAACUUGCAAGAGCUAUCUAAUGAGCUUUUGCGUGACAUGAAUUCCUCUCAUCGCCUGCGAAAAUCAUAUGCUGCCGCAAAAAUGGUGAUGCACAGAGGGAAACUAGAAAGGCAUAUGGCCCGACUGCGAAACGCGAUUCAGUUGCUAUCACUGUCUCAGCAGUGCUAUACUAGAGCGCUUCUACGGGUCUAA